AAAACCGCGGACUUGGCAACACUGCGAAGUUGCGCAGGCGCUGUGAGGGGGAAACAGGGAAACUGAAUUCGCCGGAACACCGGCUGUGUAGGGCUACUCAGCGUUGUGUCGCCGUGGCACCAGGUGUGUGGAUCUCAGUGUGGUGACUGGUGCUUGCAAGGCCGUCAGGAUGAUGCGAGCAGGAGGACUUUUGAAACUGGCAGUGCUGGUUUCUAUCUUAUUUCUAGUUGUGUUCCUGGCAUUUGAGCUAUUAGAGAGCAAUAUGAAUUUAAAUUUGGGGAAAGUACUUGCACGAUAUGCACCUGCAGAGACUGUGCCCACCAGGCCUCCGCGCCACAAAUGCGGCCUUUCUAAAUCAUGUCCCGAGGACCAUUUUGCUUUUAAGAUCACCAGUGGAGCAGCCAGCGUUGUCGGCCCGAAAAUGUGUUUGCAAGACAAUGUAUUAAUGAGCGGAGUAAAGAACAACAUUGGACGGGGUAUAAACAUUGCUUUGAUCAAUGGCAAGACCGGCGAGCUCACCAAGAUGGAUUCCUUUGACAUGUGGUCUGGAGAUGUGAACCAUCUUAUCAAAUUCUUAAAGGAAAUAGAAGAUGGAAGCAUUGUCAUGAUGGCCACUUUUGAUGAUCCUGCAACAAAGCUAAACGAUGAGGCCAGAAAUCUGAUAGCAGAAUUGGGCAGCUCAAGCAUCAGCAUACUGGGAUUUAGAGAUAACUGGGUGUUUGUUGGAGGCAAAGGGAUCAAGACAAAGAGCCCCUUUGAGCAGCACAUCAAGAACAACGAACUUGAAGUGCUCUGA